ACCGGGGGUGGGUGGGGAGGGAGGCUUCCCGGAUAAAAGCCCGCCCGCCGUCGGGGCUGCACAGUCAGCGGUGGCGGUCGUGUGCCGAGCGGAGGAGCGAUGGCGAGCCAAGGCUACGGGCGGAGGCAGCCACUCCGCGUCCUGCAGGAGCCGCAGCUGUGGAACUUCGGCCGGCAGCCCGACUGGGAGGCCCGACGGUGGGCCGUCAGCGGCGCCCCGAGCCUCUUCAGCCAGCUGAUGGGCCAUUUAAACGAGACAGACCGGCUGCGCCUGGUGCUGCUGGACCCUUCCCCGCUGCUGGCCCUGGAAGAGCCCGGCCCCGGCUCGAAGGAGCGGACGCAGCCCCUUUUCCCCCGCGGGCAACGCUGGCACCAGCUGGCCCUCGACGUGGAGGGCUUCUCGGCGGAGGAACUCACGGUCAGGCUGGAAGGGAGGAAGCUGACGGUCCUGGGGAAGCAGGAGAAGGAGACGGCGGCCGAGGACGGCUGCGUGUGCCGGGAGUCCCGCCAGGUGCGCAAGGAGCUGCUGCUGCCCGCCGACGCCGACCUGGAAGCCCUCACCUGCGCCCUCAACCCCGACGGGCAUCUCCGCGUCCAGGCCCCGCGCCUGGAACGCACCAUCCCGGUCACCGUGGAAAGGAACCCGAGCGAGGUCGGCGAGACCGACGGAGGGGCCGAGGCUGCCUCGGGAAGCGAGAAGCCGGACGGGGCGGACGAGCAGGGAUCAGCGGUUCCUUCCCAGAGUUCCGUUUAGCGGCUUCGGAGGGCGUUUUCCCCGGGUGUCACGCAGCAGCGAGGAUGGGGCGGGGGUCGUUCUGUACGUAGCAGCAAGGGUGGGGGAACAGACUCGGUUUGUUGCAUUCACACGACACGGGUUGUACUCAUUUCCUGGGAAAUAAAGCUGUUUUCCUUCAAUAUCGCUUUGCUCGGGUCUGAAUUAAUAGGGGUGGGUGGGAGGGAGAGGAGGCUGCCUGCGGGGGUCCCUUAGGAAGCAGAGGGGAGCUGCUAAGGACCGGGAUGGGGAGGGGGAGCGUGGGAGAGUUGGGUGAUGGAGGGGAGGUCGGCGGAGGAGCGAAAGCGGAGCAUCUUCGGCGUUCGGCCAUCGGAAGUUUUCGGCCAGGUCCGUCCGAUGAAUCGCAAGAGGCGGUGGUCGACCUGGAGCCCUCCGCAACGUCGGAAAUGAAACACGCAACCCCUCCUCCCAGCAGAGAUGGGUGCGGCAGACGGACUGCCUGGGGGCGCAGGAACCCCUCGGUCUCGCUGGACUGGCGAGGAGCUGCCUCUCAAAAGGGCUCCGGAACCCGGCAGCUUCAGGGUGGCCGCCUCAGUUCACCAAGGAAAUCUGGAUAGUCCCUGGAUGGGAGACCACCAGGAAACCUCCGGGCGGUAGGUUAUAUUGGGGCGGGUACUCAAAAGUGUCCCGAACAAAACGAUGCUUGGGGAGUUUUGCCCCGAGAAAUCCAGGGGUGUCCGUGAAACUUGAGGGACACGAGCUGCCCUCGAAGACACCUUUAGUCAUUAGAAGAGCCAGAGGAAAGGGCACCUCCAGGUGAGCCCAGUGGGGUUUGAUCAGCCUUGGGAACGGAGACCACGAGGAAAUCCCAGGGUCGUGGGGAUAAGCUGGCAAGGACUAAAAAGAAAAACUCCUCCGACAGAAGCCACCGCGGUUGGGUCGGCCUCCCCACCAGUCCGGUUGAACUUCUGCCUGGCUUCUGCCAAAGAGGGAUUCGGAGCGAAGGCAGAAAGGUCUGGAGGCUGCUUGGGAUUCAUGGUGCUGUAGGGAUCUCUUCGCCACACUCGUCCUCCAGAACCCUCGGACUACAGUGCCCAUCCGCCACCGCCGCUGCGGAUAAUGGGCUUCGGAGUCAGCCGCAUGAAGCGGAGGGG